AUGCCAAGAUCCCCAACACCAGAUAGAUAUCGAAAAAGAGAAUACCGCGAUCUUGAUGCACCCCGUUCAAGAUCACGUUCAUAUUCUCCACCUAGAAGACGAAGAGACGAUAGUUAUGAUAGAUAUAAAUAUGACGGCCGUAGUAGACGUAGAGAAGAUAGCUAUGAUAGAUAUACUCGUGGACGCUCAAGGUCGAGUCGAUCCCCUUCAAGAAGAGAUAGACGAAGUGAUAGAAGCAUUGAGCGUAGGGAUAGAGGUAGAGGUAAAUAUAAAAGUCGUAGUCGUUCUAAAUCACCCUCUUACCGUCGUCGACAUUCCUCUGAGGAUGAUAGACGAAGAAGAAGAAGAGAUGAGAAAGAAAAGGAAGAAGAUGAAUCUGUAGAAGAAGAUGGAGAAGAAAAUAUCGAUGAGGAAGAAGAUGAAGAAACUAAAAUGAUGAAAUUAAUGGGAUUUGGAGGUUUUGAUACAACCAAAAAUAAGAAAGUUCCUGGCGCAGAUGUAUCUGGUGCUAAAAUUCGUAAGCCUUUAAAAUAUCGUCAAUAUAUGAAUCGUAGAGGUGGAUUUAAUAGACCAUUGGAUGGUUGA